AGUCAACAAAUAGUGAAGAGAAGAUGGUAAUGGAAAUGGUUAUGCUCUUCACCCGUUUCCCUUUCCCUUUCCCUUUCCCUCCCAAAACCGCAUCACUCUCACUCUCUUCCUACCUCCGACGUUCCAGGAGGAAUUUCCAAUUUUACCCUCCGAGUGCAUGCCGAGUCAGGGCUACCAUGGAGCAGGGAUUUUCGGCUUCGCUCGAAUCUGUCACCCAAGACUUGAAGAAUCACAAUCUGCAAAACCAUCGUCAUAGCUCGAAGCUCGAAGAUCUCAACUGGGACCAUUCCUUCGUUAGAGCAUUACCUGCCGAUCCCAGAACCGAUUCUUUUCCCCGAGAGGUGUUGCAUGCUUGUUAUACAAAAGUAUCACCAUCAGUUGAAGUAGAUGAUCCUCAACUAGUAGCAUGGUCGGAACCAGUUGCUGACUUGCUUGAUUUGGACCAUAAAGAAUUUGAAAGGCCGGAUUUUCCCCUUAUCUUCUCUGGUGCAUCACUUUUGGUUGGAGCGUUGCCUUAUGCUCAGUGCUAUGGUGGACAUCAAUUUGGUAUGUGGGCUGGGCAGUUGGGUGAUGGUAGAGCAAUUACGCUAGGGGAGAUACUGAAUUCAAAAUCUGAAAGGUGGGAACUGCAACUUAAAGGUGCUGGGAAGACUCCUUACAGUCGGUUUGCUGAUGGCCUUGCAGUGCUACGUAGCAGCAUCAGGGAGUUCCUUUGUAGUGAAGCAAUCCACCACCUGGGGAUACCAACAACUCGUGCCCUUUGUCUUGUGACCACUGGAAAGCUGGUCACCCGAGAUAUGUUCUAUGAUGGCAAUCCAAAGGAAGAACCUGGUGCAAUUGUUUGCAGAGUUGCCCAAUCUUUUCUGCGUUUUGGGUCAUACCAAAUACAUGCCUCCAGAGGGAAUGAGGACCUUGGUCUUGUUCAAGGUUUGGCAGACUAUGCUAUUAGGCACCACUUUCCUCAUAUUGAGAACAUGAAUAAGAGUGAAAGCUUAUCUUUCAGCACUGGCGAUGAAGAUCAUUCUGUUGUGGAUCUUACUUCAAACAAGUAUGCAGCAUGGGCGGUGGAGGUUGCUGAGCGUACUGCUUCCUUGAUUGCUAGAUGGCAAGGGGUUGGUUUCACCCAUGGUGUGCUGAACACAGAUAACAUGAGCAUUUUGGGUCUUACUAUUGAUUAUGGUCCAUUUGGAUUUUUGGAUGCUUUUGAUCCCAGUUUUACCCCAAAUACCACAGAUCUUCCCGGUAGAAGAUACUGUUUUGCUAACCAGCCUGACAUUGGUUUGUGGAAUCUUGCACAGUUCACAAAAACACUAUCAGCUGCUCAAUUAAUAAAUGACAAAGAGGCUAAUUAUGCUUUGGAAAGAUAUGGAACGAGAUUUAUGGAUGAUUAUCAAGUUAUAAUGACAAAAAAGCUUGGCCUCCCUAAAUAUAAUAAGCAGUUGAUUAGUAAACUUCUUAGUAAUAUGGCUGUUGAUAAAGUUGAUUACACAAACUUCUUUCGUACACUUUCAAAUAUUAAAGCAGACACAAGCAUUCCAGAUGAUGAAUUGUUGAUCCCACUAAAGUCAGUACUGUUAGAUAUUGGUAAGGAGCGUAAGGAAGCAUGGACCAGUUGGUUGAAAGCCUAUAUACAUGAGCUCUCUACCAGUGGCAUUUCUGACGAACAGAGGAAGAUCUCGAUGGAUUCGGUGAAUCCUAAAUUUAUUCUGAGGAACUAUCUCUGCCAGACUGCAAUAGAUGCUGCAGAAAUGGGUGAUUUUGGAGAAGUCCGUAGGUUGCUCAAAUUAAUGGAGCAUCCUUUUGAUGAGCAGCCAGGAAUGGAAAAGUAUGCUCGCUUGCCCCCAGCUUGGGCAUAUCGACCUGGUGUAUGCAUGCUUUCUUGUUCUUCAUGAGUUGCCUGCUCGGUUUGGCAUAUUCCAGUUACGAGAAAUGAGGGAUAAAAAGGGUUAAAAAUAAAAUAAAAUUGAAAACACAGAGAAACUAGGAAUUAAAAAAGAAAGUAUAGUGUGUUUUUGUAUUGUAUAUGGUAGUCAAAUCCUGUUCUGCUCUCAGACAAGAGAGAAAAUGUAGUCUUUUUAAUGUAUUUGUUUUACUGUUUUGAAGCAAUGAGCUAUUGUGGCUUCUUCGCUGUUUAAUGACCAUUUUUUCUCAUGUUAUUUUAUUUCCAUAGACUGUCCCAAGUAUUAUUUAA